AUGGCGCGGCGCGAUGCGCGCGACCCGCUUCCGAACGUACUGUGGGCGAGACUCUAUCGCUGUUCGAUAAGCCGGGCGUGAACUGAACGCGCAGGAAACGUCAAACACGCAGCCGAGAUGUCGAGGAACGACGGCAAGAAGGACACCUCGGCGUCCGCGUUCCGCAAGAUCGACGUGGACCAGUACAGCGACAACAAUUUCAAAGAGGAGGACGCGGACGGCGGUGUAGGUGCGCUCACCGGCCCGGACGAGAACGAGAUCUUGACACUUCUUAGCCAAUAUCCUUUUGCAAAACUCUUGCUUUUCGUAGAUCCUUUGCUUUUCAGUGAUUUCGUCGUGCAAUUUUCCUUAACACCAUUUAUCACGGGUAAGAACGCGGAGGCGUUAAUAUCGGUAUUAAAGUCCGCACCGUUGGAGUGUAAGAACCAGCAAGUGAAGGACAGUGCUAGAAAUUUAACACAGAAGGUGCUCCUAAGUAUAAAGUCGAAUCAAAUGGACGAUUGCUUAGCACAAUUAGAUCGUGACUUAGUGGAUGUUCUAAUGAAGUAUAUUUACCGAGGUUUCGAAAUCCCGACAGAAGGUAGCAGUAGUCACUUGUUACUUUGGCAUGAAAAGGUAUUUAACGUAAGCGGUGUCGGCUGCAUCGUCCGUGUAUUCUCUGACAGCAAACGGGCUUGAAAUUUUGUAAAUUUCACAGUAACACGUUCAUUAUAAUAAUUACCAUUAAUUCUUACUGUUAUUCAUCGUCAUUGUUAAUGCGAUGAGGAUGUAGAUAGGCAAGCCAUUCGCAAUUUUCCGUAUGGGAAAUACAACAAAUUUGUGUACAUUUGUUAUCAAUAAAGUAAUUUUUAUUUCUUGUA